AUGAGAUCCCCUCUGAUCCCUGAAAUGGCGACACAGGAGGUACAGCUGAGCGAGACCCUCACCCACCUCAAGACGGAGUCGGACACGCUGAAGUCGAAGCUGGAGGAGGAACGAGCGAAGCUGCACGACGUCGAGCUACACCAGGUGGCAGAGAAGGUGGAGGGACUGGGUCAGUUUGUCAUGAAGACCCGGAGAACUCUGAAGGGCCACGGCAACAAAGUUCUGUGUAUGGACUGGUGUAAGGACAAGAGGAGGAUCGUCAGCUCCUCACAGGAUGGAAAAGUGAUAGUAUGGGAUGCUUUCACCACCAACAAGGAGCACGCUGUGACAAUGCCUUGCACCUGGGUGAUGGCCUGUGCCUACGCUCCCUCCGGGUGCGCUGUAGCCUGUGGUGGGCUGGACAACAAAUGCUCUGUGUAUCCCCUGUCCCUGGACAAGAAUGAGAACUUGGCUGCGAAGAAGAAGUCAGUGGCCAUGCACACAAACUACCUUUCUGCCUGUAGCUUCACCAACUCAGAUAUGCAGAUCCUGACGUCCAGCGGUGAUGGAACGUGUGCAUUAUGGGAUGUUGAGAGCGGGCAGCUGCUGCAGAGUUUCCAUGGACACGCAGCAGACGUGCUCUGUCUGGACCUGGCUCCCUCUGAGACCGGAAACACAUUUGUUUCAGGGGGUUGUGAUAAGAAGGCCAAUGUGUGGGACAUGCGCUCAGGACAGUGUAUUCAGUCCUUUGAAACUCAUGAAUCGGACAUAAAUAGUGUGCGAUAUUAUCCCAGUGGAGAUGCAUUUGCCUCUGGCUCCGACGAUGCUACAUGCCGCCUGUAUGACUUGAGGGCAGACAGAGAAGUGGCCAUUUAUUCCAAAGAGAGCAUCAUAUUUGGGGUCUCCAGUGUUGAUUUCUCUCUCAGUGGGCGACUACUGUUUGCCGGCUACAACGACUACACCAUUAAUGUUUGGGAUGUUCUCAAAGGAACACGGGUGUCAAUUCUGUUUGGACAUGAGAACCGUGUCAGUACGCUGCGAGUGUCCCCUGAUGGGACCGCCUUCUCCACAGGUUCCUGGGACCACACUCUGAGGAUCUGGGCUUAAGGAUGAAGACACAGAGGAAUAAGUGGUACACAGACCUACUGAAAACACAC